UAUUGUGUACUCUUGCACACACCAAAAAGCCCAAAAGAAGAAGAUGGUGAUGAUGAUGAUGAUGAUGUUUUAAUCUUGUUGUUGGUAUCAUCACAAUGGGAUUUGCGCCUCUGCUUUGGAUUUUGCUUCGACUGCUCAACAACUGCAUUUUCUGUGAUUCAACUACUGAGAAGCUGUAACUCUGUUUUCCAAUCAGCGAAAAUGGUGGAGAGGUUUUUUUACAAGCGCCAGCCAAAUUUCCAGCUCCCCGAACCACCCCACCCGAUCACCCUUCUAUCUGGCCCGCCUUCUUGCGGCAAAACCUCACUGCUGUUCCAGUUCGCAUUGAACUCCGCAGCGGAGAGCAAUGGCGCCGUGGUUAUCCUGUGCAACCGGCGCAGGCUAGAAACCUGCCCUCCUUUCCUCUCUCAGGGUGUUGAUCCCUCUUCCGAGUUAUUCCAACGAAUUCAAAUGAAGUAUGUGGAUGAUGAUGAAGGGAUCAAGAACUAUUUUGCUGCAUUCCACUUGCAUGAUACAUUUCCUGUUUCAGUUAUUAUCGAUGAUUUUGCUGAUUUCUUUAAUGAAAGGACUUGCCAAGAGAGGUACAACAACCCUCGAGGAAGAGACUUGGCAAUGGUUCGAGUCUUGGCACUUUGUCGUAAUGCCAUUGAUCACUUUAAUAAAAGAGGUGCUUGUGAACUUCUAUUCUCAGACACUCACAAAGGUGACUCCCUGAGACUGCUCUAUAUCUACAGGAGAUGGGUGUCCUGCAUUUACACAAUUCAAAAAGGUGAUGGUGUGGGAUCAUUCAUUCUGAAGAAAAGCUAUUCGGAUACUGCAAACACAAAGAGAACGAGGUCUGCCAGGUACUCCGUUGCACUUCAGAAUCUGGUACUUGAGGAUCUUCUUGAAGAAGUAGAAUGUUAAACUAAAAUCCAAAUUACUCCUUUUUUAUUGAUCAAAUUAGAUUUUGUGUGAAGAGGAUACUGUUAUAUCUCACUUAUCUCCAAAUGUAGUCACCAAGUGUAUAUAUAUCGAAGUAGUUUUAGUGUUUGUUUGUUUAACUUCACCAGAGUUGGUGGCUGAAACUAGGACCAAGAGCUCAUCUCAUACUUGCAACAUCCAUGUCUGAUUGAUAAUCUUGAUUAUAGGCUUUGUGUUAUUGUUGAAACUAAAUGUGAGUUAUACCUUAGUACCUUACCCUCCUCAACUAUUAAGCUCACACUUUAACCCCUCUCUUCACCACC